AUGACCAUGGAGAACUCGUCUUCUAUUUCGCUGGUCGAUAAUACCGUUCCCGCGCAACAACAGCCUGGCGAGGGGCCCUCACGACAGGCAUCAGCCCUCGAUCGGCAAACAAGCCUAACGAAACAUUUAAGUCGCGCAUCAGUCCAGAGCCAGCUCGCAAAACGAAAAUACGCAAAAUGGCAACCCGAUAGACUGGGAAUUGCGCCCGAUACCAGUGCCAGCGAACCACUCAGUCGAGAAUCCUCCCAAGCUCGAGGAGGAUCAAUCUCCGCAAGUUCCGUUGGAGAAGGCAGCGGGGGCAGAGAUGUUGAGACAGUCGACUUUGCACCAUCCCGUGUAUCAAGCCAUACUGGAAAUGGGAAUGGAAAUACGACUGAGAACAUCGACACUGGAACCCAAACGAACAAAAGGGGCUCAGAAUUAGAUAUCCUCUACGAAAACCAGCGAGGGUGGUUCGUAUUCGGAGUCCCACGAUACUCAAAUAGCUCGCUGUUGAAUUUCGAUCCUAGUCCUUGGAUCACACAGGAUAAGAGAGCCAGUGCUGUUAAUAUCACCAACGCCCAGGUUCCCGACCCGAGUUGGGAGUGGGCAUGGAAAACGUGGUAUGUCGAUAUGUCUGGCGAUGUCGAUGAGCAGGGCUGGCAGUACUCUUUCUCAUUCGGCUCCUCCUCGUGGCAUGGGACGCAGCCGUGGUUCCAUUCUUUUGUUCGGAGGAGGCGGUGGGUAAGGCUGCGGAUCAAGGUUCUGGAGAGGCGGCAUCGUGGUCGAUCGGACUUUGAAAAGUCGCAUAUGCUUACUGAGGACUAUUUUACUAUUCACUCGUCCAAGGUUCGGAGCCGGGAACAGAGCGUUGCGGGCUUGUCCCGGGUUGAAUCUGGGUUCUUGAACCGUGCCAAUAUGACGGUUGAUGAGGAACCGCAGAUUGAGGAGAUUGGGGAUAUUCCUAGUCUGAUGCAGGCUUUGAAACUUGCUUCUAUCGAUCGGGAGAGGAUUGAUGCUCUCAAGAAGUUUGUGGAGAAUGGCGGGGAUGAGCUUUACUAUUUGGCUGAUAGAAUGCCCGACAUCAUGCCCACAUUCUUGUUCCAGACAUCCCGCUGGCAAUUCGUAACAUACCUUUCUGGUGUUGUUCGCGACUUAUCCAGAACCCUUCCAGAUACCGACAAAGACGCCGAUGCGAUUCAACGCAAAAAAGAUAAUCUUACCCGGACAGCGGAAGCUUGCAAACGCCACAUAACUGGACCAGAUGUCUUCAAAGACACCCACGGAGAAUCAGAAACGGAAUUGCUGAACUUGACUCCCGUGGCCAAGCAGGAUACAUUAAUGGCCAAGCGUCCGGUCCUGGAGGAGCGGUCGCACUCGAUGAGGCGGAUUUUCAGGGGCAUCCCCAAAGCUGCUGAAAUUGACCGUGAAGUCACCGCCUGCCGCUUCGGCGCCAACAAUUUUCGGGGCAAAAAGGUCCUCCGUCGCAAACACCUCACCAGCAACGCGCCCAUCUCCUUUCUCAUUCAUGACUUCCGACCUGUUGGAGCAUCGACCUCUAUGCUCUCUCGUGGCCGUCCAUGUCUAAGGAGGCGAGUGUCCACCUUUUUGGACACCGUCACGACUGGGCCCGAUGAACCUCUUCUCUUCCUCUACCCCCGCUGGGCUGCACCUACCUUACGGCAUCGACGACCAAUCUCUUCUUUGAAUUCAAUAGAAGCUCCGAAAAGACCGUGUCGGAGUUCUAAUACCCCCUUUCGUCCAGCGGCUCGCCCUUCUCCUUCGCUUCCCCGAUACUCGCGUCAUUGGAUUUCCUCUGAUGCCACUACCAGCUCCAUCCAUGAUUCGAGUCAUGAGCCGCCCGCAGUAGUGACGGAAUAUAGCUCUUCGUCCAGCAAGGGCAAUGAGAUUGAUCCCAAUAGCUCUAAUGACAGCGUCGGGGAGACCUCCGACCCGAAACAGUCCGGUUCCUCGGGUCGGACCAAGACUGGCGCUUCGAAACACCUAUCCCCUCAAAGAUUGGCAAGGAUGAAGAUGAUACAGAAGAGUCGCCAACACAAUCGAUCUCCGGACGAUCCACCGCCGAGCCUCACAAAGAACAAAGUGCUUGCACGAAACUUGUCCGCUCAAGACAGCCAGAAGCUACGCUAUCGUGAAUUUCAGAGGGAAAAGUACCGGAAGAGUGGAAAGCAUUACGUGGAUAAAGCCUGGUUGGACACAAAAGAUGUGUUGGAGAAAGUGCAGCAAGAUACUCGAAAGAAAGUCAAGCGUCGGACAAAGCACAAGGAAAUACUUGUUGCAGAGGACACCUUAGGUAUAUUUUGCGGCGCGACUCAAUGGACACUGCAGGAGAAUGUUUGGUAUCUUUCAGUCCACAAUGGAUGCCGAGUACAUUGCCUCUCCGUGGAAGAAAACAAGGGUCUCUACCGCCGAGUGAUUCUGUCUGGAACAGAGCAUGUUUUGGAGCUUGUACAGGCGCGCAUUGCCCGUGCGCAGACCCUCCAAACGAGUGGUGACCCUCUCGUUGAUAUCCAAAAACCACUGGCCCCCAUGUGUAUCUCGCAGAGUGCCAUGGAGCGUUCAAAGGUUCCUAUGCCGUUAAUCCGGGGAAUCUGGUGUUUUGAAAAGCGACCAGUGAAUCAUCGGCGCCUUGACGAGAUUUUGAUGUCUCAUUCGGGCCUGACUUCGGUGAAAGAGUUUGUCGAGCAGGUUGAGGAGCUUACACUUUCAGGUGUGCCAAAAUCAACUGCAAAGGACAGUGCUGUAUACGCCACAGCAGAGACCUCCAUCCCGCCCAAACAGGUUGCUCAACGCCUUGUUGCUAUAUUCAAAUCGGAACUGAACUACAAGCACAUAUCCACCGCGGCUUUGAAUCACGCGUUGGUUUAUCUAUGUGACCAUGAGCUUCCUGGAGUUGCUCGAGACCUGUGUUCACAUGCAGAGCAUGUGGCCACAAUUGACACAUUUAAUAUUUUGUUGAAAUACGCUGCGCGGUCUCAAGAUGUGGCCAUGUUUCGUGGAUUUGCACGGACAAUGCCUCGAGCCCAUGUUUGCCCGAAUCCAGACACUUGGCUUGCCUUGCUCAGUGCUCUUGUGACUCCCACUGAAAAGGCCGACCUCAUUCAGCAUAUGGUUCAUCGUGGUUACAUGUCCAGCACUGCGACUAUUCGGAGUGCAUUACAACAUACGAUCCAGGAUUCACUCGUGACUCACCUGGACAGCGGGAAAGGCAUUGAGUCCUUCAUUGAUCUUAUGGUUCAUACACACGGGGCCAAUUGGUUCAGUAACGCCACGCUCGGCCAGCUUGUUGAGACAGUGAUUCGGUUGGAAGACUGGGAUUCUCUGAGCCGGCUUAUACAACUUUGCAUUGAAAACAACGUGCCUAUGCCCGAAAACAUACUCGUCAAAAUCCUGCAUGCGCGCCGUCGUGACACCUUUGGCGCUGUACAAUAUUACUUCCGAUUUCUUGAGUUGCCAGGGUUCCGACUUUCGUCGCAAGCUUUCGAGGCUUUGUUCUUGUCUGCUUACAAGAACCGCCACUUCAACCUUUGUCGCGUUCUCUGGCGGUAUGCAUGCCUGUGGAGGCGCGUGACAUACAAGAUGCACCAAUGUGUUUUGACAUCCCUGUGUCGCACUGUGCCUUUCCACAAAGGACCUGAGACCGUCGAGCUCUGGAGCACGGACGCCGGCAAGGUCAUUGUCGGUCUCGAUCUACACCAUGAAAGUUAUCCAGUGAAGGAAUCUCUCCUCCGCGACAUCCCUCCCGAAUUCCACCAGAACCCUCUUGCCUACCUUACUAAAUGGAAACCCGUGGGCAAAGAACGAGGCCUACAUCUCCGCCUUGCCAAGGACCUCGUUCGCCGAGAUAUAGAACUUGGUGCCCAUUACUAUUACCCCAAGAAUCCUCUGCCACUCAUGUUGGAUGCAGCAAUCAUCCUAGAUAAGGAGUGGCGUGAUAUCCCGCGGCCACUGGCAUGGUCGAUGCAAAAUGCCAUUGGAAUCCCCCUCGGUCUCAGAUCAGAAAGAGACGAAAAGUAA